AUGGCCAACUUUUCGAGUUACGCCUCGAAGUUUUUAAACCAGUCAUUGCUGCCCAACGCGUCUACGGUAGCGAAUGAACCUCUUUUCUACUCGAUAGCAGAAGCGUCUCAUGAGGGCCUGGACGACGAAGACGUCCAUCUCAGACGCAGUGGGCACGAUAACGGACGCGACUAUGACCCGUUCAACCUCGAGGACAUUCCUGACGACGAGAGAGAACAAGUGGCGGAUUUAGAGCCCUCGUUGGGCGACGUCCAAGACUCCCUGCCGCUGCUUCUGCAGUCCAAUUGGCGCCAGGCCCACAGUUCGCCACAACGGCGACCGCAGUCGCCUUCUUCAGAGUCAUCCGCGACAUCAUCAGAUGGGUCAAUGCCAUUGGGGCUAGGAAUGUUUGACGAUGACCGACCUCAAGCCGCACCGCUGACGCAGUCUCUGCUCCCUCGCAACACCAAUGCGCAAUUUACGUUCAGCUUGCCGAAACCGGGCAGGAUACCCCGGAGAAAGUACAAUGAUUGGGGUUGGGCACUCUUUUGGUACACCUGCCUUGCUAUCUGUGGGGUGGGGUCCAUUCUCACCUUGUUCUUGACUUCUGUGCCUACCGGCACCUCUAGACCCAUUCUUUACACCACAUUGACACACACCAUUCCAUUGAUAACUCUUUUCACUAUAAUCGCAGCGGGUAUCUCAUAUCUGAUCAUCGCCUUGCUUCGUGUCGCAGUCAAACCGGUUCUGAUGGGUACCUCUAUUGCGGUACCCUCGGUCAUGAUCCUUGCAGCUGCGUGGGCCUUUGCCGGAAGCUUUUAUUGGACAGGGCGGACGGGUGGAUGGGCAGAAACUGUAGGCCUCCGACUGUUUGCACUCGUCCCCCUUGUCCUCGCUGGUCUAUCAGCUCGGAGCCUGUAUAGAAGGCGCCUUCGUCUUCACGAAACAAUCUCCGUAGUCACACUCUCCACAAAAUUACUGCUCGAACCUGGGCAAUUGCCUCUUCUUGCAUUGUCUCCAGCAAUCCUCCUAGGAACGGUCAUCGCCUCGUUACCCUUCCUAUCGCUCGCCUUUCAUCUACUCUUAAUAGGGUAUUUUGGUACGGGAUCAGACUCUGGAAACUGGCAUUUAAAGCCGUAUGCCGGCUGGCUCUUUGUCGGCACAAUCUUUGUCUGGAUUUGGAGUUGGUUUAUCGCACGGGAUAUCCUUAGGAUGUCGGUUUCGGCUGUCAUUGGGUGCUGGUAUUUCCUAGAGCGACGGUCGGAACCCACGGACGAAUUGCAUGCUGCCGUCUACAGAGCAACCUCUCCAUCACUCGGAACGAACUGCCUGUCUGCACUCGUGAUGGCAGGAGUUCAUUCACUUACGUUUCUUAUUCAUAACUUGUCACGGCUUACCGUUCCACCUACUCUACUUCCGUUCGUCUUGCCGUUAGCAGGUCCUACCACAUUUGUGUCCACCAUCAUGGCAUCGCUCAGCAAUUACGCGCUUGUCUACGUUGGCAUUACAGGGGAUGCGUUCUUCCCCGCCGCAAGGAGAGCAAAAGCGCUCACUUCGUCGCGGGGGUUACGAUCGAAAGCAGGAUAUACCCUAUUGACGAUCCUCUUGCUUUUAACCGCAUUCUCUAUGGGACUACUCGCUGCAAUGGCUACUUAUUUGUUCACAACAUUCACCCUCAAGAAUCCGUCUGCCGCACCGUUGGCCAGCUUUAUCGGCGGAAUGGUCACAUUCCUUGUGGGUUGGUUCUGUAUGAGUCUUAUCGACGAUGUCGCCGACUCACUAUAUAUGUGCUACUGUAUCGACGUGGACAUUGGGGCCACACACAAGCCUCAAGUCUUUGAUGCCUUUGAAGGCAGGCAACAUCCACCAUCAAAUCUUGACGAUGUGAGCCCCAUGAUUAGCUAUUCAGGAGUGUGGAUGGACGCGCUAUCCACGGGCGAGAGCACAAAUUACAAGGACAAGUCGUAUCAUGCAUCUCGCAGCAACACUUCAACCGCCACACUCUCGUUCAUAGGAACUGCAAUUUCUAUCUAUGGAUCGAAAGCCUCGGAUCAUGGUACAUUUUCAGUGACUCUGGAUGGCACUACGCAGACGCUCGACGGUCACAAUCCGACCAACGUAUAUCAGACCCUGUUAUUUUCGCAGACAGGACUACCCUAUGGAUCGCAUACUCUUCAGGUCCAGAAUUUAGCGCUGGAUAGUGCACAACCGUGGCUCUAUCUUGACUAUUUUGAAUUCGAAACAGGUCUCGACGACAACAUAAGGAAUGCAGAUUAUAAUAUGGAUGAUAAUAAUUCGACGAUAAGCUAUCUACCGCCAGACGCAUGGGGACCACAGACGACAACAUAUCUCAAUACUACGGAAAGACGUUACAGUGGCACGUCAUCAACACCCAGCUCUCAAGUCUCGACAGCCUUUGACGGGAAUGCCAUUUCUGUGUUCGGCUCGGUUGGCCCCAGUUACGGCCUUGUGGACGUCACGAUAGAUAGUCUGACCACCGUUCUCAACUGCUCUGCCUCGACAUUUCGGCCACAAACCCUACUGUUUUACGCCGUCGGACUCCCUUCGGAACGACACUCUCUCAAGAUGCAGAUCCCUUCAAAUUCAUCUCAGCGGUUCGAUCUUGACUUUCUCACCAUCACACGGUGGUCGGACAAUAAUGGGCUCGGAAGGUACAUCGCGUCAUUAUUCUCAAGGGUAUUGGAUUUGAACCUCGUCCCCAGGAGCAAGGCAAAAACGCCCAUCAUCGCCGGAUCGAUCUGUGGUGCUCUGAUUCUACUUGCGUGGGCCACCUAUCUGGGUCACUGGACCUGGACUCAGCAUCAGAAGAGAAAGAGGACGCCUCCGGCGGAGAGAAAAGUCUCCGAUGCGAUUGCCCUCCGGGAAGAUAAGAAAAAAGGUUCGCAAGGGACCAAUGGCGGAGCGAGUCCCAAAGAUCGUCAGGCGUCUCGAGGCGAGGAGGGACAGGGCUAG